UCAAAAGAGGGAGUUGUAUAGAUAAUGUGGCAGACGACACUUUCAACCCGUGGUAUGACGGUCACGCCGGGAUACCUCACAUAGUGGGAUUAUUUAGCUAAUUUGCAUAUAUGACCAACAAACGAUAUUAACCAAUAUAAGAGGGUGAGGUAGUCAAAGUUAUUCAUGGUUUCUGGGUUGUCUAUGGCAGCAGGACUGAACUCGAUUAUAGAUUCACAAGGGCUUCCAGAAAAACCAGGAAAAAUGCCGACACAAGCUUUACAUAAGGAAAUGUGUACUGGUUGUCAGAUGCCGAUUGAAGAUCGUUUUUUAUUAAAAGUUAUGGAAAAUUCUUGGCAUGAAACAUGCUUACAAUGUGCUCUGUGUCAAAUGCCUUUGAGUGGUUCCUGUUUUGUCAGAGAUAGAAAAUUAUAUUGUAAAACAGAUUAUGAAAAAUUAUUUGGAACAAAAUGUAACGGAUGUCUUCAAUCUAUUCCUGCCAACGAGUUAGUUAUGAGGGCUGCCGGUUUUGUUUAUCAUCUGCGCUGUUUCUUGUGUAUGGCAUGCGGGCACCAAUUACAGAAAGGCGAAGAAUUUGUUGUUAAGGACGGCCAACUCUUCUGCCGGUUAGACUUUGAAAAAGAAUUUAGUAUUUUACCAAUGAGUCCGAAAAGUGAUUGUAGUGAUUUUUGCUAUGAUGAUAGAGAUAGUAGAGAUUCUAAAGGACCUAAACGACCUCGCACAAUUUUAAAUACCAGUCAAAGAAGAAAAUUUAAAGCAGCAUUUGAACUUAACCCUAAACCAUGUCGAAAGGUACGGGAAGCAUUAGCAGCUGAAACUGGUCUUAGUGUUAGAGUUGUCCAGGUUUGGUUCCAGAAUCAGAGAGCUAAGGUGAAGAAGAUCGCACGUAAACAGAAUGUAGAAACUAACAAUAACAAUGAUGGCAAAAAAUCUAAAAAAUCAAUAAAACGAAAAUCUGAUGAUGAUAGCGAUUCGUCUGAUUGUGGUGGUAAUAACGAUAGUGAUGAGGGUAUACCAAGUUUACCGUCUAUGAAUGAUGGCCAACAGUAUAACCAGCUUCACCAGUUUGAUAAUCAAGGUCCUUUAUACAGCGGACAAGCUCUCCCAGAAUCCAUGUAUCCAGAAACCCCAAUGGACGAUAAUGUCGACUCCAUUGAUCACAUGUUAAUGUCGGAAAAUCUUACUCAUAGUUCCAUGGCAGGCAAUUUAAUAAACCCCAUAGAUAAACUAUAUUCUAUGCAGAGCUCCUAUUUUUCUGCCGAUUAAUUUUAUUUCUUACGAUAUAACAUUACGAAGUAAUAAGAUUUUGAAGGACGUUUCAAUGGUGUGAUGAAUCAGUUUGCGUUAUCUUCCUGUGGCUUGUAAAAAGUAACUUUUGACGUGAAAAACUUGAGAAAAUAAAACGUUAUUAUGACAGUCUUGCCAGCAUAAUAUUUCAUUAAAUUUUAUUUAUAUUCGGAAGAAGGCAGGACAAUGAAGUGCGAAGAACGCAACAGGAAGUGACUAAAGACAAACUGUGUGAUUUGACCAACAGAUAGUAGGUCUCCGAUUCCACAAAAAAUACCAGCCAUGAGAUAGAUGUGCGAUAGAGACACAAAAUAGACUCACUAGUGUGUUUUCUUGUGUUCUUUUCAUUUUAUCACGAAAUGUGAAGACAGGGGAGGAGUAUCGCAUGGAAUAAAACGUCACCGAUGAGUGAAAAGACAAACUGAAGUGAUAGGUCUUGUAGUAUCUCGAAUAACCAUUAUCGAGAUAUUAAUGAUGUACUCUUAAUCACAGAAAACCGAAGACAUUAAUUAUUGUUCCAAUAUAUUCCACGUAUAAAGUACGUUAUUUAGUGCAAACAUUUGUAUAUAUAGUAUAUAGUAUUUAUUAAGAACUUGAAACCAAAGUUAUAUCUAUACAUACCGUAUAACAGUGAACUGUUUGAACACCGUUCGUUCAAUUUCUCUGGUUGUGAGAUAACUUUAUAAUGAGUAUAUAUGUAUAUAUACCAGUGCCGUUUGGUAUAAUUGAUGUUUUGUGAAUAUAUCUUUCUAUAUGUCUUGUAAUUCUAAAUCUUUCUUUCUCUCCAUAUUUACUACUAUAUACUAUGUGCAAUAUAUGAAUACAUUAGAUAUUAUCUCAUAGGUUUUAUUGCAGCAAAUAUUCAUAUAAGAAAUGAAAAUUUUAAAAAUAUCCCAAAGUUCUGAUAAUUAUUAUAACAGAUUGGCUUUGCAUGACCUUUGAUCGAGGAUGGUUGCACGUCAUAUUUGUUAAAUCUAUCAAAACCUCCCUCCGAAAUAUCAAGGGAAACAGGUGCUUUGAGUGUUUGGAAAGAUGUUAAUCGGUAUGCUGCAUUUAUUGUUUGUUUUAUAAAUUCCCUUUUUUAGUGCGGCUUAAGUAACUUGUCCAAAAACCUGUCUCUUAUAUUUUUAAAAUUCGAAGUGGAUCCGUAAAAUCUAUGAAGGUAUUUCUAUAAAUAAUACAGCGGUGCGAAAAGACAAAACUUUGUUUACAAGAUGCCAUGGGAACGACAUAAUGUUAUAGUCAGAUAAUAUUAACGAUUUAUUUCUUUACGAACGAUCGUAUUUGAUAUUACACAAAUAUCCUUUUUGAAGCUCGUUAAUUAAUAAUUUAAAUUAAAAAUUUUUGAGACUAAUUUAUAGAUGUUGAUAAUAAUAGAGACUUUUGGCAAGCGUAAAUUCCUUGUCCGUAUCGUGUAUCCGUAUCGAUUUUGCGUGUGACGUCAUUAGUGCGUGUGUUUUUUUCAUACGUGAUACGGCAGCAAUUUUAGACGUUGAAAUGUUGUGCUGUAGAGUUUUUAUGAAUCAAUGUGUAUAUUUGAUGUGAUUUUAACCACGAUAAAGACUGGAAUUUAAUCAUUACUUUUGAUGAGAUUUUCGCGGAAUGUUCAUAUUUUUCCUGUCUGUCUGCAUACUGGUUGAUCUACGUGCUAAAAUUCAGGAGGUGGGACCUUGCAAAUCUGUAAAAGGGGUAUAUACUUUCUGAAAUCGUAGAUUAGUGAAACCAAACAUUGCUGUCGAGUCAAAGUCGAAGAUACUUAAUAAGACUUGACACUAUUUUUUUUUAAAUUUUAAAUAGCUCAGCGACUGUCGAGCGACUUUACUCCCUUCAGGAAUUUGUAGGCUAGGCACUUGACUAGUACCUUUGUUGAUCUUGGUAGAUAACUGCCAUCAUGCUGUAAUAGAACUAAGCUCAGCCCAGCUACCCAUAUGUACGCGGCGCUAAAAUCUACCAAAACUUCAAACCUACAAUGACGCAACGUAUCACAUGACACGGAUGGGAAAAAUUCCACUUGCCAAAAGUCUCUAAUGUAUACGAAAGUUUCACUUAUCGCAUUCCAAAAGAAUGGUCGCAGCCUCUAUACUAGCGAUCCCUGAAUAUAUUUCAUCACAAUUAUUACAUUAAUCUGCUUUCUGCUUUAUUUAAAACAAAAUUAAGUCUACUAUACUUUAAAACAUGUUUUGCUGAUCAUUUCUGAGAACCAUGUUUCUUUGUGUCUCAGUAUAUCUUUAUUUAUUACAUUCCACGUCGUCUGUUUGUCUACUUUGAUUUUGUUGUUAUACUGUUAUUCUACCUCUUUUAUUUCUUAAA